AAACAAGUGGUGACAAGAAUAUUUUAUUCUAUCAAAUAAUCAAUGAAAAUGGAAAAUUAAAUAAAAGUUCUCGCGAUUUUUAAAUAGUGGAGUGUUGCUUAUAUUUUGGGAUAUUUUGGGACGGAGAGAGAGAGAGUGUGUGUGUGUGUGUGUGUAUAUAUAUAUAUGCAUGCUUAUGCUUGGUAGUAGUUCCGGCCAGAUUAAUUCUCAGAAGUACUAGUAGCAGAAAUGGGGCAGUUCCAUGUAUUCUUCUUUCCGAUGAUGGCUCAGGGCCAUAUCAUCCCAACCUUGGACAUGGCCAAGCUUUUCGUCUACCGCGGCGGCGCCAAGGCCACCGUCAUCACCACCCCUCUCAACCUCCCCUCCCUCACCAAAUCCAUCCAAGAAACAAACCACCUCGGGAUGGACAUCUCCGUCCGGGCCAUCCCAUUCCCGGCCGCGGAGGCCGGAUUGCCCGAAGGCUGCGAGAGGAUUGACCAGGUGGCUUCGGAGGAUUUAAUCCCCAACUUCUUCCGGGCCACGGCCAUGCUCCAGGCACCCCUCGAGCUUCUCCUCCAGGAGGUCCGGCCCACCGCCCUCGUCGCCGACAUGUUCUUCCCGUGGGCCACCGCCGCGGCGGCGAAAUUCGACAUCCCCAGGCUGGUGUUCCACGGGAUAAGCUACUUCGCGCUGUGCGCGGCGGAGGUCGUCCGGACAUACAUGCCCCACAGGAGCGUCCCAUCCGAUUCGGAGCCGUUCCUGGUGCCCCACCUCCCCCACGAGAUCAGGCUGACCAGAUCUCAGCUGGCGCCGCACGACCGGAACGGAUCGGAGAGUUUCAUGGCGGAAUUGCACCGGAGAAUCAAGGAAUCAGAGGCGAGAAGCUUCGGGGUGGUGGUCAACAGCGUGUGCGAACUGGAGGCGGAUUACGCGGAGUACUACGGGAAGGUGUUGGGGAAAAGGGCGUGGCAUAUUGGCCCUCUUUUGCGCUGUGACGCCAAAAUUAAAGAGAGAGCCGCGAGGAAGGAAAUCGCAGCAAUUGCGCCUUUGACGCCCCCCUCAUCAGAUUGCGAAGGACCUCGACAUGACUCCCUCAAAUGGCUCGACUCCAAGAAGCCCAAUUCGACUCUCUUCGUCUCUCUCAAGACUCUUAUUGAAGAUGCCCCGAGUCUACUCGACUCUCUCGAGACUAUUAGAGCAUUCACAAUGGCAAGGCAGUGCCUUGCCUUGCCUUGCCAUAGGAAACCCUCCGCAAAGACGAUGGUGCAAACACGCAGCAAUGCUAACGCAGGUAUCAGAGCUCCCCACCAGGGAGAAAACAGCGCCACUGGAGGCCGGCACCCCCCCAUCACCAUGGUGGAAACAGAGGCCCUCAUCCAGAGGGUCGGGAUCACGGCUGAACAGUUCAAGGAGAAGAAAGUAAGGCGAUCCCAGAAGAAGAAAGCGACCAAGCCUAAUGGGAAGGCUAUGAUGGAAGAUGAGCUGUCCAGACUCGACGAAGAAGACGAGUCGUCCUCUUUCGAGCGGAUGUCCGCUUUUGACUGCUUGGGAGAUCCCAAGUCAAAGAAACCCCGGACCUCUGCGUUUGAGCGGUUGCAAGACACUCGAUUGGCCCGUAAAGGCGAUUUGAGGGAUACGCUCAAAGAGAGAAGAGGGGAGUCCACAGCGACCUCCAAGAUCGGUUCUGGGGAGCGACGAAGGACAGUCGAGGAUAAGGGUGAAGCCGAGCUGUGGAGAAUGUACGAGCAAUUAGAGAAGCGGCUGGACGCCCAAAACCCCUACCGCCAGGCGGUCUUCAGUGAGGACCACCUUGCUCGUUUUGGAGCAAACGUGGUCAUGUAUGCAUAUCCAGAAGAAAUCAAGUGUCGAUGCUUCCUAGCGACACUGGAAGGGCAGGCUUGUGAAUGGUUCCACAAGCUGCCCAAGGGAUCGGUAGAUAAGUGGAGCGACCUGGCCCACAAGUUCUUAGAGCACUUCGCGUCCAAUGUGAAGAUUCGGAAGAUUCGGAAGGGAGGGCAGCUCCGGGAAUUCGUUAAUAGGUGCGAGAAGGAGGCCAGGGACGUCCAAGGAGCGGACGACCAAGCCCUGAUCGCCAUGCUCCAAGCUGCACUCCCCCAAGGGGAUGUGCGCAAGGAGCUGCGACGAAAUCCACUCUCGACCUAUCAGGAGAUGUUGGCCAGGGCGAAAUACCUGGCGUUGGAAGAGGAAGACGUUGAGCCACCAGUCCGGAAGGAGAAGAAAAGCGGGCCACCGGUGGUAGAAGGAAAGAAAAGGAAGGAUUACGGUAAGGGGCCAAACCCCACCGGGUUUCAUGCGAACAGACAUCAUGUUCAUGCGGUGCAGUCUUUGCCUGCCCUUCCUUGCAGUCGGGAAAGCUAUGGAGAAGGUCAGGAGGAUGGACGACGACAUUUGGGGAUAGAUUGUGACGACCUGGAUGAGGAGGAAAGGCAGGGCCGCCAACACCUAGGGUGUCGAUUCAUCAUGGGAGGAAACACUAGAGGAGAUUCGGUGUCCUCACGGAAGAAGUGGAAGAACAUGGUGUACCUGGCCGAUGUGCAAAGGCCGCCGCUACCUAAGCGGAAGAAGAAGGAACCUCUGAUUUUCACAGACGAGGAUUAUCCACCAGUCCUUAGCCCUCACAGGGACGCUCUCGCGAUAAAGGUGGAAAUCAAUAAUGUGGUUGUCCACCGAACUUUGGUUGAUACGUGCAGCUCGGUCAAUGUUAUGUACAGCAACACCUUUAAGGAGUUGGGGUUGUCUCGAAGCGACCUGAAGCCAAUCCAUACGCCACUAUCAGGGUUCACAGGAGAUACCAUCGAAGAUGAAGGAACUAUCACGGUGAAGGCCGGGGUAGGAGAUGGAACCCACCGACUCUGGAUCGACAUGGAAUUCAUGGUAGUGCAGCUCGACUGUGCACGAUUCUGGGACGACCAUGGUUGGAGGACCUGGAGUGCGUAAUCUCCCCCGUCCACGUGUGCCUUAAGUUCAACACCCCCACAGGGGUGGGGGUGGCAAAGGGGAAUCAAAGCCUGUCACGGUC